AUGAAGUCUUUGUUAAAUGCCUUCACAAAGAAGGAAGUGCCCUUCCGAGAGGCCCCGGCCUACUCCAACCGCAGGCGGCGGCUCCCCAACACGCUGGCCGCCCCCCGGGUCCUGCUGCGCUCCAACAGCGACAACAACCUCCAUGCCAGCGCACCCGACUGGGCCGUGUGCCCCACGGCCACCGCCCACCGCAGCCUCUCGCCCCAGCUGCUGCAGCAGAUGCCCAGCAAGCCGGACGGCGUGGCGAAGAGCGUGGCCAGCUACGCCCCCGGGCCCCGCAGCCGCUCCCCGUCGCUCAACAGGCUGGGCGGUGCCGGCGAGGACGGCAAGAGGCCGCAGCCACACUGGCACGUGGGGCCGCCUUUCGCUCCUGGUGCCAGCAAGGACUCCCUCUCGGCCUUCGAGUACCCGGGGCCCAAGCGGAAGCUCUACAGCGCAGUGCCUGGGAGACUCUUCGUCGUCGUGAAGCCAUACCAACCCCAAGUCGAUGGCGAGAUCCCCCUUCACCGUGGAGACAGGGUCAAAGUUCUGAGCAUCGGCGAAGGUGGCUUCUGGGAAGGCAGCGCCCGCGGCCACAUUGGGUGGUUCCCGGCCGAGUGCGUGGAGGAGGUGCAGUGCAAGCCCAGGGAGGGCCAGGCAGAAACCCGCGCGGACCGCAGUAAGAAGCUCUUCCGGCACUACACGGUGGGCUCCUACGACGGCUUCGACGCUUCCAGUGACUGCAUCAUCGAGGACAAGACGGUGGUCCUGCAGAAGAAGGACAAUGAGGGCUUCGGGUUCGUGCUCCGAGGGGCGAAAGCCGACACCCCCAUUGAAGAGUUCACGCCAACACCGGCGUUCCCAGCCCUGCAGUACCUGGAGUCCGUGGACGAAGGCGGGGUGGCCUGGCAGGCCGGGCUGAGGACCGGGGACUUCCUGAUCGAGGUCAACAACGAGAAUGUCGUCAAGGUCGGCCACAGGCAGGUGGUGAACAUGAUCCGCCAGGGAGGGAAUCACCUUGUCCUUAAGGUCGUCACGGUGACCAGGAGUCUGGACCCUGAGGACACUGCCAGGAAACAAGCUCCCCCACCUCCAAAGCGAGCGCCGACCACAGCCCUCACCCUGCGCUCCAAGUCCAUGACCGCAGAGCUGGAGGAGCUGGCCUCAGUGCGGAAGAAGAAGGAUAAACCAGAGGAGACGGUCCCGGCCCCCAAGCCCUCCCGCACGGCUGAGAGCAUGGCCAUGGAGACCAGAGUGGCCACCAUCAAACAGCGGCCCACCAGCAGGUGCUUCCCAGCAGCCUCAGACAUGAACUCUGUAUACGAGCGCCAGGGGAUCGCUGUGAUGACACCCACAGUUCCCGGGAGCCCGAAAGGCCCGUUUCUGGGCCUCCCCCGAGGUACGAUGCGAAGGCAGAAAUCCAUAGACAGCAGAAUCUUUCUAUCAGGAAUAACAGAGGAAGAGCGGCAGUUCCUGGCCCCUCCGAUGCUGAAGUUCACCAGAAGCCUGUCCAUGCCGGACACGUCCGAGGACAUCCCCCCUCCACCGCAGUCCGUGCCCCCGUCUCCACCUCCACCCUCCCCCACUGCCUACAACUGCCCCAAGUCCCCAACUCCGAGAGUCUACGGGACAAUCAAGCCUGCGUUCAAUCAGAAUCCUGCUGCCAAGGUGUCCCCCGCCACCAGGUCUGACACAGUGGCCACCAUGAUGAGGGAGAAGGGCAUGUUCUACAGACGAGAGCUGGACCGCUACUCCCUGGACUCCGAGGACCUCUGCAGCCGGAGCGCGGCCCCCCAGGCCACCUUCCGUAGCAAGCGGGGCCAGAUGCCCGAGAACCCGUACUCGGAGGUGGGGAGGAUCGCGAGCAAGGCCGUCUACGUGCCGGCCAAGCCCGCCCGGCGGAAGGGCAUGCUGGUGAAGCAGUCCAAUGUGGAGGACAGCCCCGAGAAGACAUGCUCCAUCCCCAUCCCCACCAUCAUCGUCAAGGAGCCCUCCACCAGCAGCAGCGGCAAGAGCAGCCAGGGCAGCAGCGUGGAGAUCGAGCCCCCGGCCGAGCAGCCCGGCCAGCUGCGGCCCGAGGACGGCCUGGCCUCCAGCAGCCCCUUCGCCGCAGCCAUUGCGGGGGCUGUGCGUGACCGGGAGAAGCGGCUGGAGGCCAGGAGGAACUCCCCAGCCUUCCUCUCCACGGACCUGGGGGAUGAGGACGUGGGCCUAGGGCCGCCUGCCCCCCGGAUGCGGCCCUCCAAGUUCCCAGAGGAGGGUGGGUUUGGCGAUGAGGACAGUGCAGAGCUGCUGGUGUCGCCCACGCCGGUGGCAGCGCCAAGAGAGCCCGAGAACCAUUUUGUGGUUGGUGGCGAGGCCAGUGCUCAGGGUGAGGCCGGGAGGCCCCUGAAUCCCGCAUCCAAAGCCAAGGGGCCCGAGGGCAGCCCAGCGGCAGCCCCCAAGAGCAGCAACGCCGUCAGCCCGGAGAACUACGUCCACCCGCUCACCGGGCGCCUGCUGGAUCCCAGCUCCCCACUGGCCCUGGCACUCUCCGCAAGGGACCGAGCCAUGAAGGAGUCCCAGCAGGGGACCAAGGGGGAGGCCCCCAAGGCUGACCUCAACAAGCCUCUCUACAUUGAUACCAAAAUGCGGCCCAGUGGGGACACUGGCUUCCCUCCCGUCACCAGGCAGAACACCCGGGGGCCCCUGCGCCGACAGGAGACGGAGAACAAGUACGAGACAGACCUGGGCAAGGACCGGAGAGGUGGGGACAAGAACAUGCUGAUCAACAUCGUGGACACGGCCCAGCAGAAGUCGGCCGGCCUGCUGAUGGUGCACACUGUGGAUGCUGCCCAGCUGGGCGGUCCCCUGGAGGAGGAGGAGGAGGAGAGAGAGGACAUGGACGUGACACUAGACCACCCGCCCUCCGCGGUGCCAGAAGGUGUUUCCGACACCGAAGGUGCUUUACAGAUCUCCGUCACCCCCGAGCCCGCCACCGCGCCCGGCAGGACCAUUGUGGCCGCGGGCUCCAUGGAGGAGACGGUGGUCUUGCCAUUCCGCACCCCUCCCCCCCCCCUGGCAUCCGUGGACUUGGAUGAGGAUUUUGUUUUUACAGAGCCAUUGCCUCCUCCCCUGGAAUUUGCAAAUAGUUUUGAUAUUCCUGAUGACCGCGCUGCUGCUGUCCCCACUCUCACCGACUCGGUCAAGCAGAAGAAAACCGAUGCCCCUCCGUCCCCUUCGUUGAACUCCAGCCAGCCAGCCAACCCCGCGGACACCAAGAAGCCAGCCGGCCUUUCCAACUGCCUGCCCGCCUCCUUCCUGCCACCUCCCGAGAGCUUCGACACCGUCGCCGACUCUGGGAUCGAGGAGGUGGACAGCCGCAGUAGCAGUGACCACCAUCUCGAGACAACCAGCACCAUCUCCACGGUGUCCAGCAUCUCCACCCUGUCCUCUGAGGGCGGGGAGGGCGUGGACACCUGCACAGUCUAUGCAGACGGGCAAGCGUUCGUGGUCGACAAGCCCCCCGUACCUCCAAAGCCAAAAAUGAAGCCCAUUAUUCACAAAAGCAAUGCACUUUAUCAGGACGCGCUCCUGGAGGAAGACGCGGACAGCUUCGUCAUCCCCCCACCUGCGCCCCCGCCCCCACCGGGCAGCGCCCAGCCUGGGCUGGCCAAGAUCAUCCAGCCAAGGACCUCCAAGUUGUGGGGUGAUAUCACGGAGGUCAAAAGCCCGAUUCUCUCAGGCCCCAAGGCGAACGUUAUUAGUGAAUUGAACUCAAUCCUGCAGCAAAUGAACCGAGAGAAAUCGGCAAAGCCGGGGGAAGGACUGGACUCGCCGGCAGGGGUCAAGUCCGCCAGCCUAGCUCCAAGAAGCCCAGAGGUCAUGAGCACCGUCUCAGGGACUCGGAGCACGACAGUGACCUUCACCGUCCGACCUGGCACCUCGCAGCCCAUCACCCUGCAAAGCCGGCCCCCCGACUACGAGAGCAGGACCUCAGGAGCGAGACGUGCCCCCAGCCCCGUGGUCUCGCCAACCGAGAUGAACAAGGAGAUCCUGCCCGCCCCGCUGUCGGCAGCUGCCGCAUCUCCUUCUCCCACACUCUCGGAUGUCUUCAGCCUUCCAAGCCAGCCCCCUGCCGGGGAUCUAUUUGGCUUGAACCCAGCAGGUCGCAGCAGGUCGCCAUCUCCCUCCAUACUGCAGCAGCCAAUUUCAAAUAAGCCUUUCACAACUAAACCUGUGCACCUGUGGACUAAGCCAGAUGUGGCCGACUGGCUGGAGAGCCUGAACUUGGGUGAGCACAAAGAGACCUUCAUGGACAACGAGAUCGACGGCAGCCACCUACCAAACCUCCAGAAGGAGGACCUGAUAGACCUCGGGGUGACGCGGGUCGGGCACAGGAUGAACCUAGAGCGUGCUCUCAAGCAGCUGCUGGACAGAUAA